CCUAAUCCCCCCCCCCCCACCCCCUCCGCUCAUCUCCCGUCGCCGUCGCAUCACCGCCGACUCGCCGUCGCCUCUCCCUCCUCCUCGUACUCCUCCACGCCGUGUCCGCGGCACCACCACCGACCUAUUCUGUGGAGUUGCCGCACGGCGCCGCCCGGGAAGGUCUGGCUGAGCCGUCCGUUUCGGGCUCAAGCAGCCUCAGGCCCUCAGCCACCGCGCCCGCCAACCGCGGGAGCUAAGGUUAGCGUAGUGUAGAUCCACCCGGAGUUCGAUUGUUGAGGUGACAUGGCGAACCUGCAGCCUUCCCUCACCAUCCCGCCCUCGUUCGCCGGGGCCUCGCCGCCGUCGCCGUCCCCGGUGGCUGGGAGCAGCGGCAGCAUCGGACCCGCGCUGGGCCAGGCGGUCAAGGACAGGAAUAAGAUGGCGUCGGCGGAGCAGCUAGUGCUGGACCUCUGUGACCCCGAGCUGCGCGAGAACGCGCUCCUCGAACUCUCCAAGAAAAGAGAGAUAUUUCAAGAUCUUGCCCCGUUGCUGUGGCACUCUUUUGGCACAAUUGCAGCGCUACUCCAGGAGAUUGUAUCAAUCUACCCUGCACUUUCACCUCCAACAUUAUCAGCUGGCGCAUCAAACCGAGUCUGCAACGCACUUGCGCUUCUUCAGUGUGUCGCAUCGCACCCUGAAACAAGGAUCCUUUUCUUAAAUGCUCACAUUCCACUGUACUUGUACCCGUUCCUUAAUACUACCAGCAAAUCUAGACCUUUUGAGUACUUGCGGCUUACCAGCCUGGGUGUCAUCGGUGCUCUUGUAAAGGUUGAUGAUACUGAAGUCAUCAGUUUUUUGCUGCAAACUGAAAUAAUUCCUCUGUGCUUGCGAACCAUGGAGAUGGGCAGUGAGCUUUCAAAAACUGUGGCAACCUUCAUUGUCCAAAAGAUUCUUCUAGAUGAUGUUGGGCUGCGCUACAUUUGUGCCACUGCUGAGCGUUUCUUUGCUGUAGGCAGUGUUUUAGCAAGCAUGGUUGUUUCACUUGCUGAUCAGCCCUCCACAAGGUUGCUGAAGCACAUAAUUCGAUGUUACCUCAGGCUGUCAGAUAAUCCCAGGGCCUGUGCUGCACUGCAAAGUUGCUUACCUGACAUGCUGAAAGAUGGGACAUUCACUAACUGUCUUAGGGAUGACCCAGCAACAAGGCGUUGGCUCCAACAACUGCUUCAUAAUGUGACAGGUGGAGGCAUGGGAGGAGCUCCUCAGCCAGGCCUGGAUCACAUGAUGGGGAUGUGAAGCAGUCUAGAUGUUGCAAUUCACAACAAUAAUGCAUCAUCUCACAGUGAAUGCAACUAGAGAAGAGGUGUCAGCUGUCCAGAAGAAACUUGUAUGGUGUAGUUAGACUUUCUGAGGGAAAAAAAAGAAAGAAAAAUUGUUAUGUUUUAUCACCAUAAGCAGUUAAGUUGAUGUGCUUGUCAUGUAAUGCUGUAGAAAUGAGCACACCAAGCUGCUCUUUUUCUUUGCGUGCACCUGAAAUGCUUUUGCUUUGACAGUUCAAGUCCUAAGGACAGAGAAAGAACUCCAUUAUGCGAAGCUCUCUACUGAUGCUCAGCCGAUCAGUAACUUAUAUUGUUUUCAGGUGAUGCCGUAAGAAGCAUACUAUAAAGAAGUGUGCAAUGUAUGCUGUA